UGGCACAUGAGCUGUGAGGGAGGUGUGUUCAUUUAGAAAACGAAACCUCACGUCGUGCUCGUUCACUCACACGCCUCAUCGCUGCUGUACCGUUUGACCCGUCAGUGUGUCAGCCCGCUGUCGUCCUGCCAUGGCGCUGCAAGUAUCAGCUCGGGUUUCAGUCAGCAGAGCCCUGCCGAGCCUCCCCGGCCCGCUGUCCCGGGCCCCCGGUGUCAGGUUCAGGCACGCUGUCGCCUCUGGGAAGCCCCCAGCAACAAGUGCUCUGCGGAGCCAUAUUUCCUCUGCCCUCCGAGCAAACAAGUUCUCCACCACGACAGCGACCGCGCUUUGGAAGUCCGGUCAGGGGAGCCACUCUUCCUCCUCCUCCUCCUCCUGGGGAAGGACAGGCUGGCUGGGCAGAUUCGCCCUCGGUGCCGCCCUCGGAUUGAGCACAGCCGCUCUGGCUCAGUCCAUCCACACAGGAGCCAUCACCGCCAUGGCCCGAAAAGUUGACCUGGACUCCGCAGAGCGGGACUGGAAGGAGAUCAAGGACUACUUGAUGUCUCUGUCUGUGAGUGAGAGGCGUCCGCUCCACAGGACGUCUGGCUUUGUGCCGCUGGAUGACAUCCCGGUGUGGACUCCCACAGCAGGUGGUUCUGGGUCGAAUUUCUACCCGAGAAAUGAAAAACUGGACGGUAAGAUUUCCGUAUACAGCGGCGACAUCACCAAACUGGAGGUUGGAGCGAUUGUCAAUGCAGCGAACAAGAGUCUGCUGGGCGGUGGGGGAGUGGACGGAGCAAUCCACCGAGCGGCAGGUCCGUAUCUGAAGAAGGAGUGUGCUUCCCUCAACGGCUGUGAGACCGGAGAGGCCAAGAUCAGCGGCGGCUACGGCCUCCCAGCGUCGUAUGUGAUCCACACUGUGGGGCCGAUCGCAUAUGAAGGCGUCGGCGAGACGGAGAGGACGGCGCUCAGAUCGUGCUACAGGAACAGCCUGGAGACGGCCGCCAAACACUCUGCGCGCUCAGUGGCCUUCCCGUGCAUCUCCACUGGUGUUUACGGAUAUCCACCUGAACAGGCUGUGCACCAGGCGCUGACUGCUGUUAGGGAGUAUCUGGAUGUGCACCAUGACAAGCUGGACAGAGUCAUCUUCUGCGUGUUCUUGCCCACGGAUAAGGAGCUGUAUCUGCAGAACCUCCCUCUCUACUUUCCAGCUGCUCCCGCGGAGGCCGCCGUCAAGAGCAAACUCUGAGAGUGGAUUUGUCGGAUUCGGUUGCUGUGGAUACAUGCGACUGCUCUCAACAUCCAGAUCCGUCCGUCCGCCUCCUCGUCCUCGUCCUCGCUGUUGAUGCUGAUCAAGAUUUCUUCGGCAGGAAGAUAAGUCGUAAAUGAUUGAUUGCUUUUUUUUCUUUGAGUGCUCACUGGCUCCUCGGCAGAUGUUGAGGAGCUUCUCUGCCCCCCCCCCCACUUGCGGUCGAGGUUAAGAGAAGUGUUUUCGCUGAAGGUGUGGAAUGAUUUCAAUAAUCUGCAUCGAAGAAUGAACCCGGAGCUGUGAUCAGCGCUUAUGAGUUGUGUGUGUGUUUUUUCGCCGCAGCAUCGGAAUAUUAGGAUUCCAGCGUGUGCGCUUGUGUAUGAGACUCACGGCAAAAGCUUAUUAAAACAAAUCUCACAGGCUC